UCCACGUCGCAUCAGUUGUAAUUAGUAUGUACAGUACUUCAAGCUCAACGGUCCCGCGCAGAUCACCACAGGAUAAUACCACGAUACAAAUGCUAGAUACAUACACUACUAUACCGGUGCUCUUUUAUACCAAUUACGUUUUAACCUUCUAGCGCUGGAGCGUUGCUCGGUUUGGAAUUUUAUCUAACUCGUCACGUCCAUUCCACAAGCCUCGCCCUUCUACCGUAUCACCAAGUCGCGGACUUUUAAUGGCAAACACGUCUUCAUAUAACUCAAAAACUCCAACCAUCCGGCGCUUACUAAAAGAAGCAUCCGAGCUCGCGUCCUUGCCGGAUCCCUCCUUAACCGCCCAUCCCAUCGACUCGAACCUUUUUGAAUGGCACUUCACCAUACGAGGCCCGGCAUCAUCUCCAUAUGAGUCCGGCAUCUACCAUGGCCGCAUCUCCCUCCCUCCGCAAUAUCCGCUCAAACCCCCCAAUUUCCGCUUCCUGACCCCAUCAGGGCGAUUCGAGGUCAACCGCGAGAUUUGCCUCAGUAUCUCCGGGCAUCAUGAAGAAACGUGGCUACCUGCUUGGGGGGUGCGGACGGCGCUAGUCGCCCUACGGUCAAUCAUGGCCGACGACAGCCGCGGGCAGAUUGGCGGGCUUGAGACCAGCAGCGAGGUCCGGGAGACGUUCGCGAAAGAAAGUUGGGGCUGGAAAUGCGAUACAUGCGGGAAAUGUAAUAGGGAAAUCAUGGGGGAGUGGGCAGAGGAGGUGAGCGCGAUGGAGAAGCGAGGUGAAAAACUUGAGACGUCGGACACUGUCAUUCCGCCGGGGCUGGCACUGGCAUACAAAGAUGGAAUGGCGAAGCGGAAGGAGAGUGACCCGGUGGCAACAGUGGCUUCGUCAAGUUCAAACUCCCCGCCACGUCCAACAAGAUCGAUCGAUUCGACCGCACCCGCUGCGUUAACACCGAAUCACACCCCUCGAACACCGGACCGGGACGUAUUGUCUGCUUGGAUAGACCGCGCAAUCGGAUUUGUCGCCGUAGCGCUAGUAUUUCUGCUGCUUAGAAUUCUAAAAUUCAUUUGAACGUGACAAGGAUUAUAGACAGCAGAAGAGGACACCAGAACGCCCAAUGGUGCCAAGAUCCAGCCAAAUUGUUGCGCGAGUUACUGCCGUCGUCUGGAUCCCAGUCACAACGAGAACCAUCGACCGAAUGUUCCGCCCCCUCAUUGCCUAUCCAGACAGGCACCUUUAAUACGCCAGCCCUUGCGUACCCGCCCCUCAAAUCCAUUUCUUGUAGAAGUGCAGGCGGAGAUUAGGAAGGAGGCAGGCGGAGAUAGGUGGGAUGCCUGACGGGACCCUCGGUGGAGCUAGCGGAUUGAUUAGCACUUUAAUGUCUUGAUCAUUGGUGCAGCCAUACCGUCUUGUCGUCCGGCGGCGCUGUUGACAGGAAUAUGGUACUCCGGGG